AUGAAGAAAAAUAUGAGAAUAGCAUUCGUCUGUCUUACCCUGCUGUCAACAGUUUCCUGCAAGUGUUUCGAUGAAAAACCAGAUUUCUAUCACAAGCGCUACAUGUACCACAAUGGACAACGCCUACCAAUCAUCUUGGAGAGUAGCACCAGAGACUCGCACCAACUGACCAAUCAGGUGCUUCGUAUCUUGCUGCAGGAGAUCAUUGGCUAUGUGGAUGUGAACAUUUCCACCCAGGAGUCCACCAACACAACAGUAAUCCUCAACAGAAUAACAGGAUGUCCAGUUCAAAGAUGCAAGAAGGUGAGCCUGGAGUCGGUUCCCAAGACGAUGGUCAACCUGGAGGUGUGGAUGGCGACGGGCUUCAACAAGUCUCCGUGGACGGACACCGGGCGACUCAUCGACUGUGGGGCUCUCGGACCCUACGGCAGAAUGGCCUGGUUCGUGCCACAUUACACAGUGGACCGCUUCUGGCGGGAUAAAGUCAUCGUCGACCACUGGAGGGCGCUGUUCUUGCCGCGAGUCAUCAAGACGUUCUCAUGGUUUCACAGACUCGAGUCGCUAAGCAUGUGUCGGAACAACACGUGUCCGGUAGUCCAUGGACCGUGGUGUGUUGUGUCCAGCAAGGGCAGAUCCAACUGUUCCACGGUGUUCGCAAACACGCCAGAUGAACAUGGUAAAAUGCUUGAAGAACAAAUCCGACGGAAUGAUCUCCCUGUAGACAUAGUCUACCUGGAAUCCCACCUCCAUUUGUUCGUCCGUCUACAGCUGAAACGCCGGAAACCGAUAAUGUUCUACAACUGGCACCCGGAUGUCCUGACGUCUGACAGAAACCUGACACUGCUGACAUUCCCUCCCUGCCACCACCACCACCGCCACCGCCACCACAGUGCCAUGAUGGAACAGUCCAACUGUGACCUUGACCUGAAGCAGAUGACGAAGGUCGUGUGGUACAAGCUGAAGACGGAGGCGCGUGAGGCGUUCAGACUCAUCCAGAAGAUCAGCUUCAGUCAGACUCGGUACGAGGACCUGCUGCGGCUAUACCGACGCGGGAAUCGCGGGGCGCCCAUGCAGGAUGCCGCGUGUCGCUGGCUGCGUGAGAAUCGUGGCACGUGGUCGAGGUGGAUUCCGACCGACCUCAAGAAGAAGACGUCGCUCUACCUUGGGGGUCUGUUCCCGCUGUCAGGCUCGUACUGGACUCAGCCGGGACUCGUGGAGGGAGCGCGUCUAGCACUGGAGCGAGUGAACCAGGACUCGAAGAUUUUGCCGAACCACUCGCUGGAGUUGAUAGUGAGCGACACCCAGUGUAUAUCGGACGAAGCCAUGAAGGCCUUCAUCAAGUUCAUAACAGACUCGUCCAUUACACUGGCAGGAAUACUCGGUCCUGGCUGCUCCGAUGCCGCCGAGCCAAUAGCGGCAUUGUCGAAACAUUUCAACAUGGUCGUUGUUAGUUAUGGAGCGGAGGCCGAAGCAUUGUCCAACAGAUACAAGUAUCCCUACUUCUUCAGGACGAUCUCGCAAGUCAACCACCACAGGUUUGUGUACGGGAAGUUCUUCAAGGCGAUGGGCUGGAAACACGUGGCGGCGCUGGCGGAAGGGGGUCAGAAGUUCCCCGAGUACCACAUCCAGCUGCAGGAGUACCUGAAACGCGAGGGCAUCUCCGUGGUCGUCAAGCGGAAACUCCACCCGCACACCGGCCACCUUGAUGUGUCGCAGAUAUUUGCGGACCUUCGAGCCCAGAAUGUGCGAGUUAUAAUCGCUGACUUCUACGUGGUGGCUGCUCGGGCCAUGAUGUGCGAGGCGUACAGACAGAGAAUGACGGCUCACCAGGGCUACACGUGGUUCCUACCAUCAUGGUACUCGUCUGACUGGUGGGACGUUGAUUACUACAACUCGAAGCCCCAGAAGGGAGAGCCAGGCUCCCAGGAGUCUGUGCCGUGCACCAAGGAUCAGAUGGAGUACGCGAUUGACGGCCACUUCAUCCUGUCGAAGGCCUUCACCGACUCGGACGAUGUGCGCGUUGCUGGCAACAUCACUGUCGGGCAGUACAAAGACAUGUACGCAACCAGAGUCGGAAAAGCUGACUUUGAAGAGAGCCCGUUUGCCAGUUUCGUGUAUGAUGCUGUGUGGGUGUUUGCAUACGGACUCGACAAACUGUUCAGGAAAAAAGUCGGUGCACUGAACACCAUGCAUGACAAAUCUACCGUGGAAGCCCUGGUAACAGCCAUCAACAACACAAAAUUCCACGGUGUUUCUGGAACCAUUCAGUUUGAGGGCAGCGAUCGCCUGGGCAACGUGAGCAUCAUGCAGUUCUUCCACAAUGAGACGGACAUGCGGCUGGUGGGUCGGUACAUGCCGCGAGGGAAGGACGUUGAGGGGAGGCUCGAGAUCUACGACUCACACAUCCGCUGGUUGACGCCGGGUGGGCGGAGGCCUGACGAUGGACACAACAUUGAUGAGAGUUGUAUGAUUGAGCCGUUCCGCGUGUUUCUCAGUGUCACGUGUGAGAUGUCCAUCAUCAUAGCCAACGUGAUGGGCUUCGUCGCCUUCAUCAUCCUCACCAUCGUCAGCCUUGUACUCAUCAAGUGCAAAUACGACCAGAAAGUACGAGCGACUCACGACAGGAUGAAGGAGCUGGGUCUGCUGCCUAGAGAGGCGUCUCACUACUUCUCCCUCGACGACUGGGAGAUGAAGAGAGAGUGGGUGGUUCUCAACCGCAAACUGGGGGAGGGAGCCUUUGGAACGGUGUAUGGAGGGGAGGCGUUCGUGGAAGGGAAGGGCUGGGUAGCUGUAGCCGUGAAGACGCUGAAAAUUGGAGCCAUCGUCGAACAUAAGCUUGACUUUUUUGGUGAAGCAGAAAUGAUGAAGAGAUUCAAACAUCCAAACAUUGUUGAACUACUCGGAGUGUGCACUCGUGAAGAACCCAUGUACUGCAUUAUGGAGUUUCUGCUACAUGGUGACUUGAAGACGUAUCUGCUGUCACGGAGAAACCUCGUCGGCUUGGAUAUGAGAGAAGCUGAUGAAGUGAAUGCCGAGAACCUCACUCAGAUCGCCAUGAACAUAGCGAGCGGGCUCAAGUACUUACACGACCUGAAAUACGUCCACAGGGAUCUGGCGUGCAGAAACUGUCUGGUUCAUGCCAAUAAGACGGUGAAGAUUGCAGACUUCGGUAUGACGCGACCCACGUUUGACUCGGACUACUACCGAUUCACAAGGAAGGGCAUGCUGCCUGUGCGGUGGAUGAGUCCCGAGAGUCUCGGUGAUGGAAUCUUCACUUCCAAGUCGGACAUCUGGAGUUUCGGGGUCGUCGUCUAUGAGAUCGUCACGUUCGGCAGCUUCCCGUACCAGGGCCUGUCCAACUCACAGGUCUUGGAGUACGUCAAGUCCGGGAACAGACUUAGUCUGCCCGACAAGGUCACAGAACAGUUGACUACAUUCAUCUACGAGUGCAUGUCAUACGAGGCUCACGUCCGUCCCAGCCUGGAUAAAAUCCUCGACUACCUCGACCGAAACCCCAAGUUCCUGUCGCCGUGCCUUGACCUGCCGAUGAAAAGCGUCGUCAUGGAGGACACGAACUCCCUGGAGAUGGCGCUGCCGUCAUGCCAGAACACGAUCAGCCUCUCAACGCCACUCUCCGUGCUCAACCGCCGCUCGGGAUCAUCGCAGGAGAAACUGGCGGGGAGUCGCAAGACGUCCGGUGGGAGCACGAGCCAGGACCGCUUCAAAGUGUCGGUGCCACUCAGACAGGCACGGUCGUUUGUAGCCUGCGCGACCGAUCCGUUCUUCCGACGCAACAGCAUCGGGACCCCGCAGGCGCUACACCAGGAGACGGUACCACUGACGGCGGAAUUCACACGGAGCAAUUCCUUCCAUAGACAGUUCUCCGCAAUCAGUGAUGGCGGGGACCGGAAUUACAUCACCACCAGCAGUGACUAUUUCAGCGAUACCUCCAAGGAGAUGUAUCAGACAAUUACCUCCUUGUAGCAGUAGUUCCAGUACUGGGGCUGUUCUAUGUGUAGAGUCUGGUUCGAUCAGCGAUGGUGGGGACAGAAACUACAUCACCACCAGCAGUGACUACUUCAGUGAUACCUUUAAGGAGAUGUGUCAGACCAUUACAUCCUUGUAGCGGUAGUUUCAGUACUGGAGGUCAGUACUGGAGGUCAGUACUGGAGGUCAGUACUGGGGCUGUUCUACGUGAAGAGUCUGGUCCAUCAGUGAUGGUGGGGACAGAAACUACAUCACCACCAGCAGUGACUACUUCAGUGAUACCUUCAAGGAGACGUGUCAGACCAUUACCUCUUUCUAGCGGUAGUUUCAGUACUGGGGCUGUUCCAUGUGUAGAGUCUUGUGGGUGUGUGAAGAGGGUGGAGUUGUAGUUGCAUGUGCAGGAAGGGUUUUGAUGGUGAGGGUAGACGUGGGAUGAAUGUGCAGGAAGGGUCAGAGAAAAAACACUGCUCAAUGCAAAUUUUCUCUCUUUUUUUUUGUCUGGAGAGCAUAACUUGACCCUCCUAAAAACUUUGUUCACCACAGUCUAGACACGCACACAUAAAUUCCUGUCUGGGUUUAGGAGAGAGAUGGAUCAAUGCUGUCAUUCAUUCAUUUUAACUUAUUUUGGGGUGUUAAUAGUUAGAGGUUAGUGAGAGCGAAGUUGUAGCAUAGUUGUCUUACAACUUUGAAUAGAGUCAUUAAAAAUCACUCUAUGAGUAGUAGCCAAAACAGGGAUACGAACCCAGUACCUUUGAGCUUUAAAUUUGAAGCCUUUAUCUCUAUGCUGAGGCCAGUAUUGAUGUCAUUUAUAAUAUGAUAUGCAAUGUCUUUUUUAAACAGUUUCCAAUCGUUCUGAUUGCUUCUCCUCUUUUGAUAUGCACUGCAGACCGUCUUGUUAGUACAUAGCUGAUGCUACAUCUAAAUCAUGCUAAAGAUGAAUUCCAUAAAUACAACCUCAAUGAACGUGGCCAUCUGUCACUUAACAUAGAAAUGGCUAUAAGCACAGUGGACGUAUGUCGGGAAAAGCCUAAUAUAAAGCCAGCAUACCCCAUCUAAAGUUACAUCUUAGCCUAUGAAAAUGAAAAUAUUAGUCUGCUACAAAUGUGAUUAGAUCAAAUGAAAUUUAUAUCAGACUGUAACACCCUUGUAUCACCCCCACCCCACCUUUAAUGUUCUGAAUAAGUUGUUUUGAGGUUAACAUUGACAGCAGAUUGUCAAAACGUUUUGCAGACUGGUGGGGUGGGUUCAAAUCCUGCCAACGUACACUUUAUGUUUUUAUGUAUUAUCAUUUUCUCUACUGGAAUAGCCUUUAGAGUAUUUCAGUUUUUAUCAUUUGCGGGUGUCGACAAGAUUCAUGGAUUGUUAUACGAGUUGUCCCAAAAACCUACAUAUUUUUGUGAUUGCUUUUGUUAAGUUAUAUAUCACUUAUACUUGGAAUAUUCUGACGGUUACAUCAUCAGAUCUGUAACUCAUUAGCAAUAGAGAAGUUUCACAACCACAUCAUUACUGUUACAGAUCAUGGGAUCAAUCCCCGUCGGUGGACCCAUUGGGCUAUUUCUCGUUCCAGCCAGUGCACCACAACUAGUAUAUCAAAUGCUGUAGUAUGUACUGUCCUGUCUGUCAGAUGGUGCAUAUAAAAGAUCCAUUGCUACUAAUUGUAAAGAACAGGAAGCAAAUUGUUGUGACGUCACUAACUACUCUUAAAGUAAGGACCUUUCACCAUGUGUAACAGUAACGGUGUGAUUGUGAAACUUGUCACAUAUCAGUUCUCUCAUUGCUUUUGUUUUAUAUCAUCUGUAACGCGACGGUAAUAUCAACAGGUUAUCACUCACACCAGGAGUGUUUUGACAGUCACCUCAUCAUAUUUGUAAUUCAUUAGCAUUGUCGGUUCUCUCUGCUAAAAACACAGCAGUGUAACCGUAUGCAGGUAAAUAGUUCACACCGUGUUUCUACUAUGUUUUGUCCUCCGUGUUUAGCACAAACGUGUGUUCCGUAGUCUGUUUGGGAUUGAUCCCCAUCGGUGAGCCCAUUGGGCUAUUUGUCGUUCCAGCCAGUGCACCACGACUGGUAUAUCAAAGGCUGUGGUAUGUGCUAUCCUGUCCGUGGGAUGGUGCAUA